AUGAAAUUAGUUUAUUUCAAUAUUUUAAUUUUACUUGUCUACUUUUAUGGUCAAGUAUGCUCAAAACCAACAGUUCGAAAUGAAACGAUUCAAAAUAAACACGGUAACAGUACCGAGCGAUUAUUAAAGUCUCGAAUCUGUUAUAAUGACGGUGACUGCAGCGCUCAUGAACAAUGUCGCGAUCGAGUUUGUAUAUGUGUAGAUGGUUGGGUGACACAAAAUGAAAAAAAACCUUGUUCAUACGAGCAAAAAUCGAAAUGGACUGCUUUUUUACUCUCCUUGUUUGUGGGAAGUUUUGGUGCUGAUUGGUUCUAUCUCUCUCGUAGCACUGCUAAAUACAUAGUGGCCGGUGUUUUCAAGAUACUGGUAUCAUGCGGAUGCUGCUGUAGUAUGCUAGCGGCAGGGUGUGGGAAAGAGAGUUCUAUCGGAGCAUUCUUCCGGUGUUUGCGAGUACUUGCUGGUAUUGCUUCAAGUAUUUGGUGGUUGACCGACUGGAUUCGAAUCUUAGCUGGUUCCUUUCCUGAUGGCAAUGGUAUUGCUUUGAAAUAA